GGCUAAAUAUCACAAAUUAAAAUAUGGCACAGAAUUGAAUCAGGGAGAUAUGAAGCCACCAAACUAUGAUUCUGAUGAAGGGAAUGAAACUGAGAUUCAGCCACAACAGAACAGUCAGCUAAUAUGGAAACAAGGGCGACAGCUGUUAAGACAGUAUCUACAAGAAGUGGGCUACACCGACACGAUACUGGAUGUGAAAUCCAAACGAGUACGAGCUUUAUUGGGCCUCUCAAGUGAUGCUUCAGAGAAGGAAAACAGAAGUCAAGAGCCGAUGGUAAAUGGCACAGAGGGCCAGAUUAAGGAAAACGCAAUGAUUGGGAAACCUGAAUUGACUGACUCUGCCUCUCUGCUAGAGACCUUCAAGUUUCUUGAAAAUGCAGCUGCAGACUUUAGUGAUGAAGAAGAUGAAGACGACAUUGAAGGAAGAGAGAAAACAAUCAUUGAUACUGCAACAAUUGUAAGGAAAAGAGUGCUAUCUGACAGCAGUGAAGACAGAGAUACAGAAGAAGCUUUGAAGGAGUUUGACUUUUUGGUUACCUCAGAUGAAGGUGACGGGGAAUCGCGAAGUUCAGGAGAUGGAACAGACUGGGAAAAGGAAGACCAGUGUCUCAUGCCUGAAGCUUGGAAUGUCGACCAGGGAGUAAUAACCAAACUCAAGGAACAAUACAAAAAGGAGCGCAAGGGGAAAAAGGGGGUGAAGAGGCCCAACAGGUCAAAGCUGCAAGAUAUGCUUGCAAACUUGAGAGAUGUUGAUGAUCUCCCUUCAUUACAGCCAUCUGUUGCACCUUCUUCUAGGCCCAGUAGCUCAAGGCUCAUUGAACACGAGAUAAACAGAACAGAUGAAGUGGAAGCUUUAACAUUUCCUCCUUCUUCAGGGAAAUCUUUCAUUAUGGGAACAGAUGAAGCCCUUGAAAAUGAGCUGGGUCUUGGAGAACUGGCAGGCCUUACGGUAGCCAAUGAGGCAGAUUCACUGACUUAUGAUAUAGCAAACAAUAAGGAUGCAUUGAGAAAGACUUGGAACCCCAAGUUCACAUUAAGAAGUCACUUUGAUGGAAUAAGAGGUCUCACUUUUCAUCCGGUUGAACCAGUCUUAAUAACAGCUUCAGAGGACCAUACAUUAAAAAUGUGGAAUUUACAAAAAACAGCCCCAGCAAAAAAGAGUGCUUCUCUUGAUGUAGAGCCAAUAUAUACUUUCAGAGCACAUAAUGGACCAGUGCUCUGUGUGGUGAUGAGCAGUAACGGUGAGCAGUGUUACAGUGGGGGAACGGAUGGCCUCAUCCAUGGCUGGAAUACAACCAACCCGAACAUCGACCCUUAUGACUCUUACGAUCCUUCUGUUCUAAGAGGUGCUUUUGUAGGCCAUACAGAUGCAGUGUGGGGUCUGGUUUACAGUGGAGCACACCAGCGUUUGCUGUCCUGUUCAGCAGACGGCACUAUACGUUUAUGGAAAGCUACAGAAAUUGCUCCAGCUCUCAAUGUAUUUAAUGAUAAUCAAGAAAUGGGAAUCCCUUCAUCAGUAGAUCUUGUGAGCAGUGACCCAAGCCUCAUGGUAGCAUCAUUUAACAGUGGACACACUUGCAUUUUUAACAUGGAGACACGGCAACGAAUUCUUACCCUGGAGUCCAGUGUAGAUACUACAGUCAGUUCCUCCUGUCAGAUAAACAGAGUCAUCAGCCAUCCAACUCUUCCGAUUAGUAUCACUGCUCAUGAAGACAGACACAUCAAAUUCUACGACAACAAUACAGGAAAACUGAUCCACUCCAUGGUAGCCCACUUAGAUGCAGUUACAAGUUUAGCCGUUGAUCCUAAUGGCUUGUAUUUGAUGUCUGGCAGUCAUGACUGUUCGAUACGUUUGUGGAAUCUUGAAAGCAAGACCUGCAUCCAAGAAUUUACUGCUCAUCGCAAAAAAUUCGAUGAGUCCAUUCAUGAUGUGGCAUUCCACCCCUCCAAAUGCUAUAUUGCCAGUGCAGGAGCAGAUGCCCUGGCUAAAGUGUUUGUAUGACAGAGUGCUUCCCUUUCAACUCUAGCUUUGUAUAUAUUUAACCAGCUGCAGAAAAGAGAAGAGGAGGGCAUGAGUUGUCUUAUCCUGCCCUAGAAUUCAGAGAAUGUUUGUAAGUGUUUAGUUUUGCAGGGUGCUGUUUUCUAAAUUGACGUUUGUUCUGGUUUCUGUGAGCUCAGCUGGUGCUGAGAGCUUGGAAACUCUCAGUUUCAAAUAGUU